GUAUGUUCCUUGGGCUCCCCUGAAUCAGAGGGUGAAGACUUAAAUUCAGAUGUAUAAUUGGGCUUUAAUGUCUGUCUUUCCUUCAAAAGCCCUUCUGUGAGACUCCUCAGACUCUGAAGGGCUGAUCCCAGCAUGUAAAAAUCUGAAAUAAAUGCUUGGGGCAGUGUCUUCGUUUUUGGCUGUUAUAUUGUCUGGAUCAGGAUUUAAAUUUUCUCCUGUAGCUCUUUUUGCAUGACAAGAACAAGUAAUUGGGAUGAAAUCAUCCGUGCUGCAAAUGUGAUGGGCACUCCCAGGACCUGAUGGAUUUCUGAUACCUCGCUCUUGAGGGGCGGGAAGGAGCAUGGUUAAACACCAGCCGCUGCAGUACUACGAGCCGCAGCUAUGUUUGUCCUGUCUGACGGGGAUCUACGGCUGCCGCUGGAAACGGUACCAGCGGUCACAUGAUGACACCACCAAGUGGGAGCGCCUCUGGUUCCUCAUCCUCACCUCGUCCUUCUUCCUGACCCUGGUCUGGUUUUAUUUCUGGUGGGAAGUUCACAAUGACUACAAUGAAAUCAACUGGUUUUUAUAUAACCGAAUGGGAUAUUGGAGUGACUGGUCCAUUCCAAUACUUGUAACAACUGCUGCUGGCUUUACGUACAUUACAGUGUUAUUGAUACUAGCUCUAUGUCACAUAGCUGUGGGACAGCAAAUGAACCUGCACUGGCUUCACAAGAUUGGCCUAAUGACGACCUUGAUAACUACUGUGGUGACCAUGUCAUCGAUAGCACAGCUUUGGGAUGAUGAAUGGGAGAUGGUAUUUAUUUCACUGCAAGCCACAGCCCCUUUCUUGCACAUAGGAGCACUUGUGGCGGUCACGGCCCUGUCGUGGUUGAUAGCGGGGCAGUUUGCACGAAUGGAGAAAGCCACUUCUCAGAUGUUGAUGUUUACUGCAUACCUCGCAGUCGUAGUUGCACUUUACCUCGUCCCCCUCACCAUCUCGUCCCCUUGCAUAAUGGAGAAGAAGGCUCUAGGACCAAAGCCAGCCAUUAUAGGUCACCGCGGAGCACCGAUGUUGGCACCAGAAAACACUCUGAUGUCCUUCCAGAAGGCAGUGGAGCAGAAGAUGUAUGGAGUCCAAGCUGAUGUUGUACUGAGCUAUGAUGGAGUGCCGUUUCUGAUGCAUGACAAGACACUCAGGAGAACAACAAACGUGGAGGAAGUGUUUCCAGAGCGAGCCUAUGAGCACUGCUCCAUGUUCAACUGGACCGACCUGGAAAAGCUCAGUGCUGGAGAGUGGUUCCUCAAGAAUGACCCUUUCUGGACGGUCGGGUCCCUCUCGAGGUCUGACUACUUGGAAGCUGCCAACCAGUCAGUCUGCAAGCUGGCUGAUAUGCUAGAGGUGAUCAAGAACAACACAACGCUCAUCCUGAACUUCCAGGACCUGCCAUCCACUCAUCCCUACUACAGCACUUACAUCAACAUCACACUGGAAACCAUCCUGGCAUCGGGAAUUCGGCAACAGGCUGUGAUGUGGCUGCCGGACACGGAGAGGCAGCUGGUCAGACAGAUUGCGCCAGGUUUCCAGCAGACUUCUGGCCUCAAGCUGGACUCAGAGCGCAUGAAGGAGAAGGGCAUCGUGAGGCUCAACCUGCGGUACACCAAGGUCACGAACGAGGAUGUCAGGGACUAUGCCAUGGCGAACCUGAGUGUGAAUCUCUACACUGUGAACGAGCCCUGGCUUUACUCCAUCCUGUGGUGCGCCGGCGUCCAGUCGGUCACCUCUGACAGCUCCCACGUCCUUCUCAAGGUGCCUUUUCCCAUCUGGCUAAUGCCUCCAGACGAGUACCACCUAAUCUGGAUCACGUCUGAUCUCAUUUCAUUUAUUGUAAUUGUAGGAGUUUUUAUAUUCCAGAACUAUCACAUGAUCAGGUGGCGCCUAGGAAGCAUCAGGACCUACAACCCGGAGCAGAUCAUGCUCAGUGCUGCUGUCCGCCGGUCCAGCCGGGAUGUCAAGAUCAUGAAGGAGAAGCUGAUCUUCUCAGAGAUCAACAACGGUGUGGAGACCACGGACGAGCUAUCUCUCUGCUCCGAGAACGGCUAUGCCAACGAGAUGGUCACCCCCACGGAUCAUCGGGACACCAAGCUGCGGAUGAACUGAGGGGCUCCGGUCCAACCCCGGCUCGUGGCGUGCCCCGCGUUCGCUCCAGCAGCGAGAGCCGUGCUCUCCUGCUUGCUGUGGGAUGGGAACCUUUGAGGAACUGCUGGUUGGGCAGAGACCCCUUCCCAUACCCCAUCACUAGCUGCUCCACCUCCCUGGUUGUGAGGUUGGGGGGCUUAUUUUUGUAAAUAUGUAGAAAAUCUGAUUUUUUUUGGUCCCCUUUUUGAGUGUAAUUUUUCCAGGGCAUGAGUGGAAAUACUGUGUUCAUUAAAUCCUCAACCUUAUGGCUGAAGUUAUUUGAAUGUUGAUGUGACAGCCCGAGUCCUCUUGGGGGGGUUCUGGGAAAAACACGUUGGACAUGUGUCCCCUUUCUCCCCCUUGCCCUGCUCCACUCCUUCCCUUGGUGCAGCGACUGUGUAGCUGAAUGUUGUGAUGUUCUUGUGUAGUGUCGUUUUUGUUAUGUUUGGUUUUUGGGUUUUUUUGUUUGUUUGUUUGUUUCCCCCCUUUUCCCGGGCAAUGAAGUUUUAGUUCUAAUGCAACAGGAGGUGGUUUGGAGGAGAGAAGCUUUCCUAGGAGAGCGGAUAGCACUGCUCUUCCCUGCUGAAAUUCAAAGCCAGGGAAGGGGUUGCACUGGCUCAGUCACUUGGUCACCUUCUCCCUGGUCCCGUCCUCCUUUCCCAAAGCCUGGAUGCUCACAGGAGAAUGGCCUUCUUGAAACGUCCUGUCGCAGUCUUGAAGGCAAAUCCUGAAUGUUGGCUGCAGAUUGGCCUCCGUUGACAGCAAUGUUUUGAUUUUUGAUUGUUUUUCCACACACUCCCACCCCAACUUUUUUCUUUCUAUCUUUUCCCUGAGUUGGGCUCUGUUGGGAGCCUGGAUGGCUUGCAAAAAGCAAUGCCUUUGGCACCAUCACCACUCAGAUCUGGCUAAAGUGCCUGCCACUCCAAGUGGCAUUUGCAGUCGCUCCUUGCUUCCCUGUCCUUGCACCCUCGUAGGAAGAGGAGGUGGUGGUGUAGUGUGACCUUCCUCCCUCUCUGGGCCAAGCAGAUGCCCAUGGGUGAAGAAGUUGUAAAUAGUUUGGAAGGUGAAGCAGCCCCGGAGUGUAAUUUAUUCCUGCAAGGAGAUAUUUCCUCCUUGCUUUAAAAGCAGGAUCUUUAAAAGCUGCAUGUUCACGUCCUCCAAAGGAGUGACAGUCUUGCAGCAGAUGCUGACAGGCUCAUGAAGGCAAGAGCUCUCAUCAGCGUGUUUCCAAUGCAAAAGGCUUUAAACCUUGAACCAGCUCACAGCCAGGCCAAGGGCAGUCUCAGCUCUCUGCUCUUGACCUUCAAGGCCUCGUUGAGAGGAGCCCGUUUUUGGGUCACUUUGCUGUUCGCACGGAGCCAGUUCCCAAGGCAGCUGAAGCCAGCUGGAAGGCUGCUGGAGCUGUGAAUGGGUCUUGGCUCGGUCCCCGCGGCCUUCUGGGGUUGGGUUGCUUCCUUCCUUGCUGGGUCUUGGUCAACACAACGUGAGAAAUCCCAUUGAGCGUGAGCUUCCUUUGAAGCUCGGUGCGCACUGCCGUGAAAGCGAUGGGACCGUCAAAGUUCUUUCCCGUGGAGGGAAUGGGAGCUGAGGCUGAGUCUUUGGCCAAGCUGGGUUGCAGAGCCCACGAGCAGCUGGGAGAAGUCACCUUGCAGAGAAGAAGGUGGUCUAAGGGAUGUUGAUGUGCAUCAUGUUCAACGCACAAAGCAGGCUUGGAAAGGCCAGAAACAAGCCACAGUAAGAACAGCCUCAAGCAGUUUGUUCUUGUUUUGGCAGCACUGAACUGCGCUCUCUUUUUUUUUUUUUUUUUUUUUUCAGCUGUACUCCAGUAAUGUUUUGAAACCCCAAACUCUUGGGCUGUGUGUAAGACUUGGGGGCAAAAGUGGCCAAUUUAUCUAUGUAAAAGAAAAAUGCCCCUAUUAAUAAUGAAAAUAUGAAUUGUCACACUUUAAUGAGCACCUCCUAAGCAGUGCACACCAAGACGUUAAUCCGUUUACACCUACCCUGGGUUUUUAUGAAUGUAAGUGGAGUAAGACCCUGGUCCGUGCUGCCUUUUAGCUUCUCCAAAUACCGUCCUUCUAUAUGGUACUCUCCUAAGUCUGUGAAACAGUGUGUUUUUUUUUAUUCUGCAGAAUUGCAAAAUUUUGGUGGAUCUGAAGGCUUUUGAGAACAAAGUUGCUUCUCCCUUUAAUGUGGUGCUGUAUUGAAACAUUCCCAGUGGAUUGUCAUUGCCAAGUGAGAGAUGUUUAAAUCUCAGCAUCUGUUGAUAAUCACCUGCAUGUUCUGUUUUUAUCCUUGGAAAUGACUUUAUUGAAAGGUCAAGUGCUUAGAAACUUGGAAGUGUUAAAAGCAAUCCAACCGACAGUUGUUUUUUUUUUUUUUUUUUUUUUUUCCAAUUCACUUUUUUCUUUAUUUUUUUUUAUGACGAGACCCAAACUUUAUGCGUGAUGCACUGACUGUUACCCUUAUCGUCCUGAAUAUUUGCUACCUUUCUUUUUAAAAGGAUGAUACUUUUUUGAUGAAAAUAGACCUAGACCAACAUAAACUCUGCAAUGCUCUGUGAAAUAAACUGUCAGUAUUCCCCUGCCAGCCUC